AUGAACAGAGAGUAUGAAUUUCAGGUGGGGUUGGAAUUUAAAUCACUUAGUCAAUUCAAAGAGGCUGUUAAAGAGCAUGCCCUAUUGAAUGGUAGGGACAUUAGGUUUCAAAAGAAAAAUGAUAAGGUGAGGUGUAGAGUUGUUUGCAAAGGAAGAAAGGAAAAGUGCAAGUGGGUUUGUUUUGCGAGUAAGGUCGGAGGUUCUGACUGUUUCCGGAUCAAGACUUUGAAUGGAAAGCAUACAUGUGGAAGGAUUUAUAGUGGAAGACUUGCAUCAAGUAGUUGGAUCUCAAAGAAGAUUGCAAACAACAUCAGUAGAGGGGAGGAGAUGAACCUUGCGACAGUUAUUCAGACUAUCCAAGACAAAUACAUGGCAAUAUCAGUGUUGGUAAGGCGUACUGGGCAAAGAGGAAAGCAAGAGAAGAGGUACAAGGGCGGGCAAUCCAACAGCUUCUUGGCGUGGUGUAGACCUAUUAUUGGCGUGGAUGGAUGUCACUUGAAGGGCGACCAUGGACAGCAGCUGCUAGUUGCUGUUGGCAGAGAUCCAAAUGACAAUUACUUUCCCAUUGCCGUAGCUGCAGUAGAGGCAGAGACUAAGGACAGUUGGGGGUGGUUCUUGGAGCUACUGUUAAAUGACAUUGGAGAAUCAAGAAAGUGGGUUUUUAUGAGGCACCACUCUCACAGCCUCCACACACCCCUGCACCACCAUCACAGCCUCCACACACUCCUGUACCACCCUCACAGCCUACAAACACUCCUGCACCCCAUCACAACCUCCACAAACCCCUGCACCACCUUCACUGCCCACCACCUUACCCAUACCAGCAUCACUGCCCACCACCUUGCAUACACCUGUAUCACUGCCCGCUGCACCAGCAUCACAACCUUUGCCCAAGUUCAAAAUCUUUGGUGUGAGAAGAAGUGGAAGACUCAAGAUUGGAGUUAG